AUGUUUGCAACUUAUCCAUUCAACUAUAUGGCAUCGAACCAGAUAUUAAAUGAUUCAAAAACGAAGGUAAAGACUCACUUUCCUAUUGAAGAUAUUUCUAUUAAAUCAGAAAUUGUUACUGUAAAGUCUAAAGAUACUAUGAUUAUAACAUCAGUAUCAAAGACUAAAGAAAAGGAUUUUAAAGGAUGCACUCACUAUUUUGAUGAGUCCAACGUUAAGGUAUCAAAGUGUGAUAUGUGGAUUAACUUGGUUGAUGUUUCACAAAAUAAUUUAUUGUACCACUAUUCAAUAGAUUACUUUUUAGACUCAACAACAGAAUACUCAGUAGUUGCAAUUGGUUAUGUAAUGGAUGAAAAUAGUCAAAUGAUUUUAAAUAUUGUUAAAGCAAAUCAAUUUGGUACCGAAAAUAAUUAUUAUUAUAAUAACCAUAAUCAAUCAUACAGCUACUUUUCUACCAAUAUUUCUAUAGAUAUUAAAGAAAUUGACUCCUUCAAGAAAAUACACGAUAAACAUCAACAUUUAUACCAUUUGAUAGCCAAAGAUAUUAGAAAUAACAUACAUUUAAUAACAUUUAACAUUAAUGAAAACAAAAUUGAAAGAAUAAUAGAUAUAGAUAUAAAUUUAGCUUUUAGUACCAUUGGGUUCUCAAUAUAUAAUGAUCAACUCUUACUAUCUGGUGCAUUUGUGGAAAAUUCAAACACAUUUUAUUUUUAUAAAUUUAAUUUACAAGAUAUUCAAAACAAUCAAAUAAAAUAUAGCAAUGACAAUUUAAUAUUCAAGAGAUACAAUUCUAUAAAGUACUAUAUAAAAUCAGAAAAUCAUCGUUAUUUUCUUUUUUAUUUAAACAAUGCAACCCUGGUAACAUAUGAUAUGGAGACCGGAGAAAGCGAAGAUGUUCAAUUGAAUUUCAAAAUGAAAUAUGCGCCACAUUCAGAAAUGAUACAACUAUAUGCUUUUCAUCAAGAGCUUCCAAAAACUGCUGGUUCUACAAAUGGUGUUUCAAAGAGUAAUAAAAUAUUUUUAAUAGUGUUCCAUCCAAUUUUUAUAAUAGCUUUACUGUUUCUAAUUAUUGGUAUAAUCCUUUUUAAAAGAAGAAGAGAUAAAAAAAAUCUAGUAAAAUUAGAAGCUCCAUCUGAUGUAUAA